AAAGGUAUAAAAAAUAAAUGUCAUGUGGUAACAGUCAUUUGUUAAAAGUACAGCAAGUUUUAGUGGUAGUACACAGGUAUAUUAGAUGCAAAUUUCACAUUUAAAAUCAUUAACAAUUACUUAAUAUAGUUUAUGUAAACAUAAAAUUAACAAGUUUAUGUGUAUAAACAGAAUUAUGCAUUCGUUUUCAAAGUAGUACACACUGCUUACAGGUAUAGUAUGCACAAUAUAAAUGUGUACUACAACUAAAAACUCUAUAUAGCCAGCUGUUUUUUUAAACAAUGUACUUUUACUGAAUGACAUGUAGUUCUAUAUUCAAACUUAAUUUAUAUAUUUAGCCCUGUAAGAUACAUAUAAUGAGGAUUCUGUACAUUUGAAGUAAAUAUCUAAAGAUAAAAUAUUUUAGUUAAAUACGGCCAUUGGAUAAAUGCGAUUGUGUACUUUUUUUAAUUUAGCACACAAUACUGUAGGCAUUGUAACUGAAAAUACAAACUUCAAGUACGCACUAUCUAUUUUAGAUAUGUAUGUAGCUAACUGCAUCAAAAGUACGCAGUCUGAAAAAAAUAUUUCAGGUAUCAUUUUCUGAAAAAGAAUUAUUUGAGCUGAAAAAAAAAAUGAUCCUGGGUAAAAUGGACACAACUCCGCUAAAACUGUAUUGUAGGCUUAGGUGGCUAUGUAUAUAGUAUCUCAUGCAAAACAUGCACUUUUUACCUCUAGGCAAGAACAUAAUCAUGCAUAAAUAGAAGCAAGUAUACGAUAAGAUAAACACUUUGAAAAGAAAAAAUCAUUUAACGCCCUAGGGGAAAGUGUGCCAUUUUUUGGUGAAAUUUAUAAACAAACAGACGAUUUUUUAAAUGUUAAAACCCGCAGAAUUUCACGAAGUAAAAUAUGUUUAGAAAGCUAUUCUGGAGAGUGAAUGAUCCAAAUAUAUGCGUCCAAGUACUGGUAUAACAUGGACAGGAUUAUGAUUUGCAAACGGUGUUCACUCAUCAGUUUUACUCUAUAUAAAGAUUGUUUCCCUCGGGUAGAGAGGGAGGGCUUAGGGUAAGUCUCUAAAUACUGUUUAUACACAAGCGCAUAUUAUGUUCGUGUUUAUAUAGUUACUAAGUAACAACUGUUUUUCCAAAUUUGAAAUUACGCAUAAUAUGAAUUUAAAGUGUGCAGCUGAUAUAUAUUUUGUGCUUGAAAUUUAUUGAACACCAGGAUUUCCUAGCAGAAGAAGAAACAGUUAUUUAGUUGCAAUAAAAUCACAGUUUGAAACCCGCCCACCAAUUUAGGUUUGAAAAAAAUACAAUAAACUAGUUUUUGCAUAUUUGUUUAGAAACAUCCAAAAGAAUAGCAGUUAUAAUCCUCGAAGAUCCAUGUUCCUAUGUUAAAUUGAAAAGAUAAUAUAGAGGAAAUUUGCUUGUUUCAAUGUAAGAGCGAAAUAUAUUUCACCGAGUAAACACUAUAACUUGAUAUGUUCACGAAUGGCGCAGCCAGGAGUGAAAAUGUGAAUUAUGGUGUUCACGAGUAAAAUAUAUUUUGGUCUUACAUUGCAACAAACCAAUUUUAUUUUCAUUUUAUGUAUUUUUAAUAUUUUAGAUAACAUAUAUCAAUUUUACCCGCGCAGCGUCACGUGCAUCGCAUCAUGACAUCAUAAUUUCAUGACGUACUGAUAUCUAUGUAAAAAAGAAUACUGUCAAAUAAUUCUUUGACGUUUACAGAUGUCUUUCAGAUUUUAUUACGAUGGAACGUAUAAAUUUAUGAUUCUGUAAGUAUUUAUAUACAUCUAUAUCUUUUCUGAAGUAUAUUUUGCAAGGAAUUAACGAUUAUAUAUAAUUCAUAUUCAUUCGCACUCAAGUGUAGUUCCGUACCAGUGAAAAAUAAAAUAGAUAUGUUCACUGUUUGAAGAAGUGAAAAUAUCAAUUUUGUUUCACUGAUGAAUUACAGUAUUUCACUGAAAAGCAUAAAAUAAUAUUAGGUUAUUUAACAUUGUUCUGUACGAUACGGAGAUAUAUUUGGAACGUUCACGAUUGGACAGAUAAAAUAGAUAUAGAAUAAAUAUAUUUAUCCGUCUGAAACAUUCAAUACUCGUACAAAAAUCAAUCGAUAUAUAUUUUGCCAUUUUGAAACAACGGUUGUGGAUGUACAUUUCUUAUAUUAUCGAACUGUGCAUUAACAACUGAUAACAGUUUCAGUUUAGUUAGGUAAGCAAGCUGACUUGUAGGGUUUGUAACCGUAACAGCUGUGAUUAUCUUUGAUAUCUUUUUCAUAAUUCAUCUGAUAUACAGAUUCAAUACUUCAUUAACGGCUGUUUUCAGAAAGACAAAUAACUAUUUGUUAUGGGCCGUUUUAUGAGAAAACCUGUAUAUAAUCAUUACAUUAUUAUAUAGUAGUGGAAAUCAUUGUUUUCGUAUGUUCAUGCAGAAACUAGAAAACUAGUAUAUUGUUAUUCAGUUAUUUUAGGCAAAUUAAAUUCACCAAUAUUUUACAAACAGAUGUUCGCUGUGUUGUCAUGAAACCCGAAAUUCCAGAGUACUCAUGCACCAUGAGAAUACAGAUUUGCAUAGAUAAAAGGUUCAUGAUGGAACCAAAAAUACAACUUGAGUUAUUUUUUACUAAAAUUAUUUUAAACUGUUUCUAAAUAUUCAAAUGUAUGAUGACUGUUAAGUUAGUGAUACUUAUAUUUUGUCGCAUAAAUGACAUGAAAAAGUACAUGCCAUGAACAACGACGUCAUACUGCUUUCAUUACGUUCAUGACGUUAUGUCUUUAAAUGCCAUCGGUGAUUUUCUUUAAAGCGUUUUUUCAUGAAUAUUUUAUCAUCUCAGUUAUGAGUUUAUGUCACUAAUACAGGUUUUGUCAUGGAACGACUUAUAGCAGCUUACUCGCUCAAUUGAAGAAAAGACAAUUUCGUUAUAAAGAACAAGAAUGGUUGAUACAAUAGCAUCCUUGUCUAACAGGAGUAAAACACGUGGGAAAUGCCAUACCAUUUGUUUACUUCAUUUGUAGGUGCAUCUUAACUGGCUACGACAAAUUUGUAGCUUAUACGGACCGUCUCGAAAAUGUCCUUCAUUGACUAUUAUCAAAAUUUAUUCAAAACACAGUCACAGUUAGUGAUUUCAAAACAACAGUUAUUUUACUGUUUAUUUUUAUUUUUCUUACACGUCUGAUCUCACAAUAUAAACAUCUUUAAUGGAAUGAGGAAUAUAGAACAGUAUGUAAAUGAUGUGUUUUGAUUAGAAGAGUCUUGACUCCAGGCGGGGGACUCUUUGGCUACUGGCUCUUAAAGCCCCAACUUUGAACGGACUGGUUUGCUUUCUGUCGACUGUCUUGCUUCGUCGCACUCUUAAUGUGUUUCCUUUGGUUUCUAUAGUUAUCGAGAACUUAAUACGUUUAAAGUUCAAUGGGUUUUGAUUCACACUUUAUCUUUACAUACGCAUAUUUUGUAUUUUACAAUGUGUACAGCCGCUCUUGCACAUAAUCAUAUUUUCAAGUGGAGUGAUAUAUAGGCGGGUAUGUUUUGUUAACGGGUUUUUUUUUCUAUUGGACAGGUGUCCAAUCUUUCAGUAAAGAGAGUAAAACAAAAAAUCUGAAAACGACAGCGUAGGAUACAAGACAUUUUGCAAUUGCUUGAUUUCGUUCAUAAUUCUAUUGAGUUUAUAAGUAGUUUGCUUUGUACUCCUACAGUUUAGGUCGAUUUUGAAGCAAGUCCUAUGGCUUAUAUCAAUUUCUCUAGACGACACCUUAUUCCUCAUGAAAUCCAUCGACACGAGGGUGUGAGAGAAGGACAGCCAGUUUUUGUUUUCUUUUAAUGUGCUGUGCGCCAAGUAAGAGAACUGCUGGUACCAUUUACCACCUGUUUCGUAUGAUGCGACCGGGAAUCAAACUCACGGCCUCCUACACUCAAAGCGGACGCUCUACCUUUAGGCUAAAAGUAGUUUAGCUCCAAGAAUUUUUUUCAAACAUUAGUUUAAUGAACAAUAUUGCUGAAAGUAAUAUACAUUUGAAUAAAAUAUGCAGAAAUCAUAUAGUCUAACCUUCUGUUUGUGUAUAAUUUUACAAAUUGAUCAAUUGAUCCAGAUUAAUCUUUGGUUAUACUAUAUUCUGAACAUGUAUAGGUGGUUUAACAUAAUAAACUAAUACGACAAAGACAUAAUACUGGGCCAUUGUGAGUACGACACAUUAGAUAUCUAAUACUGGGCCGUUGUGAAUAAGACAGAUCAAAGAUCUAAUAAUGGGUCAUUGUGAGCAGGACAGAAGAUCUAAUACUGGCCCAUUGUGAGUACGACAGAACGAAGAUCUAAUAUUGGGCCAUUGCUAGUACGACAUAUCGAAGAUCUAAUACUGGGCCAUUGUGAGUACCAUAGAUCGAAGAUUCAAUACUAAGCCAGAAGAAGAUCUAAUACUAGUCCAUUGUGAGUACAACAGAUCGAAGAUCUAAUACUGGUCCAUUGUGAGUACGACAGAUCGAAGAUCUAAUGCUGAGCCGUUGUAGAUAAGACAGAUUGGAAAUCUAUGACUGGGUCACUGUGAGUAUGACAAAUUUGUUACUGGACCAUUGUGAAAAUUACGAUAGAUGGAAGAUCUAAUACUGAGCCAUCGUGAAUACGACAAGUCGAAGAUCAAAGUCCGGGAUAUUGUGAAAAAGACUGAUCAAAAUGUAAUGCUGAAUCUUUGUAAAAAAAAUGCAUUUUACUGGCAUAUCAAAUACAUGAUCUCUUUUAAUCAAACAUAUUAUAAUGGAAUGUAACCUUUUUAAAGGUUUCCUAUGACAUAACAUCGUCAGGAAAAUCACGCAUAUUGCGAAGUACAAGACAUACAAGGUAUCCUUGCAAACUGAAAUAUAAAUAUAUUGUAAGUACAGAAAAUACUCUUAAAGUGCCAUUUGUCGCUAUUAAAGAACAAUACAUGCAUGCAAAUUUCGUAUUUCUUCAACAAGCUAUGCAAUGUACAUAUAAUCAUUUUUUUCCAUUUUAGAAGAAUCCCUGUAUGUAUCAAAGUGCUCAAAAAGAUCAAUGUUACACAUUCAUCAUACUAAGUUUACUCUUUCUGUUUAUAGUACAUGUAACUAAAAUAUUUCAAGGCAAAGUGUAAAUUUAUUAGAUUACUAAAUAUUGCAACUAUUGUCUUUACCUGUAAUUUAUCAUAGUUUCAGAUGCAAAGAUUAAACGCAGAAAAAGUAAAUGCCGACGACCCAACUCUGAUUGAACUUAUUAAGGAAUUUUACAUUGAAAAAUCAUCUAAGCUGCCGUACAACUUAGAACAUCCAGAAAAAAGAGACCCAUCCUGCGGACAGACAGCUUUUGUUGAUGACUUUAUGAAACAUAAGGAAGGUGCGUUUUAUGUUGAUUGUGGCGCCCACGCUGGGGAGAUAUUUUCAAAUUCCUUGUUUCUCGAAAGGUAUCGUAACUGGAAUGGUAUACUUAUUGAAGCAAACCCGACAGUCUACAAAGAAUUAAAGAAGAAAAACAGAAAAGCUUUUACUCUGAACGCAUGCCUUAACGGGAAGCCGUAUCCUUCCGUGAUGACCUUUUUAGAGGAUUCUUGGUGGGGAUACAUUUUAGAUGGAAAUCAAUCAAUGGCGAAUAAAGGAAGGAGUGGCACAGCCCGUUAUGUGGAAGUCCAGUGUUUCCCAUUGUACUCUAUUCUUAUGGCGUUAAAUCAAACCAAAAUUGAUUACUUUAGUUUAGACGUUGAAGGAGCCGAGGAAAGCGUGCUUGACAGCAUACCUUGGAGCAAAGUUGACAUAAGAAUGAUGUCUAUUGAAUAUGAUAAGUGGCCUGGUGGAAAGUAUGCAUUAAAGGCUUACAUGGAAAAAAGAGGGUACAAGUUUAUGACUGAGGUUACUGUGUCAGCCGCAGCAGAUAUCAUAAUGUUAAAGGAGGAUUGAUAAAAGCGUUGUUGUAGACAAAUUACUUUUAUGUUUUGGUCAUCAAAGAUACAACAACUAUAUUUUUAUUUGAUCUAGUUCUAAAUUUGUUUAAUUUCGUUAAAUUUUCUUUAUAUAACACAUCUCUCAAAUAUAGCUGAUGGGUUUUGCGGUGAACGAUAAGGUUAGGAUUUGUCUUUUGUUUAAAAAUGUAGAAACAAUGCCCUGGAUCCUGCUUUAUCUUGACGAUAGUCAUUACAAGGUUAGCUAUUUGUAAAAGCUGGUCAGCAACCUUUUUAAUAUCUUAAUUUACAACAUAACUUAGACUGAAAAAAAAAUGUUAAGUACAUAUACUAGUAAACCAUCGACCAGUUACGCAUAAAGAAAACAACUUGCAUUUAGACCUAGUCUCGUUGGGUUAAUAUAUUGCAAUAGCUGGUUCUCAGCUUGACAAUGCACUUGUUAUUCCUCGCAAAGAAAGUAAAGUAAAAAGCAUCCAUGAGAAUCGAAGUUUUCGGAGUUUUUUGUUGUUGUUGUUGUUUUUAAAGAAAUUUCCUAGCGUUAUAAUGACUCCUCUGGACGGGUUGGAAUAACACUGCAAGAAAGUUCUUUUUUAUGUG